AUGGCGUGUGACUACUUCACCCACAAGGGGGUACAGUUCCCAUGCCUGGAUUACUCCCCUGAGGUGCUGAGCAACGUGGAGAACGAAUUCCAGGUGCGGGACAACGACGUCUUCAACAUCACCUACCCCAAGUCAGGCACUAACUGGAUGGCGGAGAUCCUGAGUCUGAUCCGUUGUGAUGGGGACCCCGGCUGGGUGCGCAGCGUGCUGAACUGGGAGCGGGCGCCCUGGGUGGAGAACCGGACGGGGCUGGAGGCUGCCCUGAAAUACCCCCCGCCCCGGCUGCUCAGCUCCCACCUCCCCGUCCAGCUCUUCCCCAAGUCCCUGCAGGGCUCCAAGGCCAAGGUGAGAGGCGGGAGAGCAGGGGCUGCGGGUCGGGAUUGAGGGGCACCGACAGGGCUGUGCGUCGGGAGGGGGGUAAAUCCAGGGUUGCUGCUGGGUGUGAGUUACAGCAAUGUGGGCGUGUGGAAGAGCAGCCAGCGGGGUGCGGCGAAUCCUUCUCCCUCCAGAGAGGGUGGGGAGGUGACGGCCCGGGGUGGGUGGCUAAUCGC